AUGAGGAACCAGUCGCUGGUGACGGAAUUCGUCCUGCAGGGCUUCUCAGAAGCACCACAGCUCCAGAUUCUCUUCUUCAUCCUCUUUCUCUCCCUCUACACUGUGGUGCUCUGUGGCAAUUCCCUUAUCAUGGCAGCCAUCACCUUCAGCUCUGAGCUUCACACCCCCAUGUACUUCUUCCUGGUCAACUUGGCUGUAAUGGAUGUUAUCUGUGCAUGCACUGUGGUACCCAAGCUGCUUGACAUCCUGGUGGCAGAGAAGAGAAGUAUCUCUUAUGUGGGCUGCAUGGCCCAGAUAUACUUCCUGACAUGGGCUCUAGGAGCAGAAUUGCUGCUUUUCACAGCCAUGGCCUAUGACCGCUACGUGGCCAUCUGCCAGCCACUGCACUAUGGCUCCAUGAUGAGUCCCAAGGUGUGUGUGACUUUGGCUGGAGCAGUGUGGGGCAUCAGUGUGCUUAGUGCUGGAGUCAAUGCCUGCCUGAUGUUACGACUGACCUUCUGUGGACCCAACCUGGUCAAUCACUUCUUGUGUGAGAUCCCCUCUCUGCUAUUGCUCUCCUGUUCCUCCACAUAUGUGAAUAAUAUGGCAAUUAUGGCUGACAUAUUCUUUGCAGUGUUGAAUUUUCUGCUCACCAUUGUGUCCUAUGGCUUCAUCAUCUCCACCAUUCAGAAGAUUCAAACAGCUGAGGGGAAAUGGCGAGCCUUCUCCACCUGCUCCUCUCACCUCAUUGCUGUCACCUUGUACUACUCCACCAUCAUCUACACCUACAUGAGCCCUGGCUCCAGCUGCUCCCCAGAGAUGGGCAAGGUGGUGGCUGUGCUUUAUUCCACUGUAAGCCCUGCCUUGAACCCUCUCAUCUACACCCUGAGGAACAAGAAUGUUAAGGCGGCCCUCAAGAAAGUCUUGAUGCUCAUGGUGGAAAAACUGUAA